AUGCCCAACAUUAAGGUGUUCAGCGGAUCGUCGCAUCCGGAUCUGGCGAAGAAGACCGUCGAGCGUCUUGGAAUCGAGCUUGGCAGAGCCGUCCUGAAGAAGUUCAGCAACCAGGAGACCUGCGUCGAAAUCGGCGAAUCAGUCCGCGGCGAGGAUGUCUACAUCAUCCAGUCGGGCUGCGGCGAGGUGAACGAUAACCUGAUGGAGCUGCUCAUUAUGAUCAACGCCUGCAAGAUUGCCUCCGCCUCUCGGGUCACCGCCGUCAUUCCCUGCUUUCCCUACGCCCGUCAGGACAAGAAGGACAAGUCCCGAGCCCCGAUCAGCGCCAAGCUGGUGGCGAACAUGCUCUCCGUGGCCGGGGCCGACCACAUCAUCACGAUGGACCUGCACGCCUCGCAGAUCCAGGGCUUCUUCGACAUUCCCGUGGACAAUCUGUACGCGGAGCCGGCCGUCCUCAAGUGGAUCAAGGAGAACAUCCCCGAGUGGAAGACUUGCGUCAUCGUCUCACCCGACGCCGGCGGCGCCAAGCGCGUCACCUCCAUCGCCGACCGCCUCAAUGUCGACUUUGCCCUUAUUCACAAGGAACGCAAGCGGGCCAACGAGGUCGCCUCGAUGGUCCUCGUCGGCGACGUCCACAAUCGCAUUGCCAUUCUGGUGGACGACAUGGCCGACACCUGCGGGACGAUCUGCCACGCCGCGGAGAAGCUGAAGGAGGCCGGUGCCUCGAAGGUCUACUCCAUCCUCACGCACGGCAUCUUCAGCGGGCCCGCCUGCCAGCGCAUUGAAAACGCCUGCCUGGAGGCGCUGGUGGUGACGAACACCAUUCCGCAGGAGCAGAACAUGAAGGACUGUCCUAAGAUUCAGUGCAUUGACGUAAGUAUGAUCCUGGCCGAGGCGAUUCGACGUACCCACAACGGCGAAAGUGUCUCCUACCUCUUUUCGCACGUUCCAAUGUAG